UCACUGACUUUUCAGAUUGCCAACAACCUUAGAAUUUUCAUGCAGGCCAAGAAAAUAGACCAAAAACCUUAGAAUUUUUAGUCUCUCUUUGCUCACUAAGAAUGUGUUCUCGAUCUCCAAACCCAGAUGCCCAAAAGAAGCAUUUUGUGCUGGUUCAUGGAGCUGGCCAUGGGGCAUGGUGUUGGUACAAGUUGUCAGCUCUGCUCAUCUCUGCAGGUCACCAUGUUACAGCUCUAGACCUAGCAGCAUCUGGAGACAACCCAAAACAGAUAAAUCAAGUCCAUUGCUUCGCGGACUAUGUUGAGCCCUUGAUUGAAUUCAUGGAGUCUCUCCCACCAGAGGAUAGGGUUAUCUUGGUGGGCCAUAGCAUGGGUGGGGCCUCCAUAUCUAUUGCCAUGGAGAGGUUCCCUGAGAAAAUUUCUGUUGCUGUAUUUGCCACCGCUGUGAUGCCUGGCCCUACUUUGAGUUACUUGGCCAUAGUUAAACAGCUUGGUAGUAGAUUGGAAAUAAAGGAUUCUAAAUAUAGAUAUGAUAAAGGACCCAACAACCCUCCAACAUCGGGAAUUUUUGGUCCCCAACGUCUGACUUCAGUGUCGUACCAGCUCUCGCCCCCAGAGGACUUAGCACUGGCGUUGUCAUCGCUGAGAUCUUUCCCUCUCUUUGACGAGGAAAUAAAACUCACCAAGGAGAAAUAUGGGUUGGUUCGUAGAGUAUGUAUAGUGUGCGACCAAGACCUUGCCAUAGGGGAGGAUGUGCAACGGUGGAUGAUCAAGGAAAAUCCUCCACAUGAAGUCAAAGUGAUCAAUGGUUCUGAUCAUAUGCCCAUGUUCUCCAAACCGCAGGAAUUCUUCUCCACCCUCCAAGAGAUUACUGAAAAAUAUUCCUAAACAUCGUAAGCACCCAACUGAUAACAUAUGUUUUCUGCGAAACUUCUAGUGUACGUAACAAUAUUGCUGUUGUUGCCACCCUUAGCAAAAGAACGGCGAAGUUCAUUAUACAUAGGGAAAUAUGUAUAUGUAUGUAUCAAAUGCCUUGUCACAAUUUACAUGACUGUAUAAGCCAACUUUCCGGUAGCUAUGUGGGUCGCCUAACAUGAAUUGCUAUCCUUUACUUUA